AUGGAGCAAAUCAAUAGAUUUAAAGUGCAGAUCGGUGGUGUCUUGUGGUUUCCUGGUGCGAUGUUUUCCAGUGACAUUUGGUGUUUUCUGGUGGCAGCCAUUGAUUUGCAGCGCAGACGAACUGAAAUGAAAGAGAAGGAUAUGAGGGGUGUAGGGGACCAUUUUAGUAAUUUGUUCCCUCCAUUCGCACUCUAUCACCUACAAGUACAAACACCACAUAUCGGAGGUGUUCCAUCACUCUCACGUGUUCCCGUAUCACAAUUACUCUACUAUAAAUAUAAACACAACAUAUCAUCUCAACGUGUUCACAUCACCAUUGCUCGUUGGAAUUUUGAGAAGAUGGAGUCCGUCGAAUCAGCAGCCAACCUCCGUUCACAAUUCCAUGAAGUUCUUCGUAGUCGCCGUACUCCUAUAGUUCCGACACUACGUGCACUUCAGACGCUACCUGCAGAACUUGUGGUGGAACCCUUAUAUCAGGGAAUACCUGUUGACUUUGAGGUAAUGAGAUCCUACCCGAAAGCACGCAUUAACGUCAAGGAACUGCUCACUGAAGAAAACUUUUACUUACCCACUGAGGAAGGAGAGCAAGGGCGUCUGCCUGUGCUCAUUUUGAGCAUGAAAGAAUGCACACAAUCAAAAAGACCAGCUGUUGUUUUUGUACAUCCAAAAAAUGCAAACAAAGAGUGGCUACGCCCUUCACUUGAGGAUUAUGCUUCACGUGGAUAUAUUGCAGUUGCCAUUGAUUCUCGUUACCAUGGAGAACGUGCUAAAACCCCCACCGCCUAUCAAGAUGUGUGGGACCUUUUAAAGUUGGCAGAUUAUCUAACCACAAGAGAUGAUAUAGACCAUUCCAGGAUAGGAAUAACUGGGAAUUCACUUGGAGGAAUGCAUGCAUGGUUUGCUGCUUUUGUGGAUACAUGUUAUUCAAUGGUUGUCCCCGUAAUUGCUGUUCAGGGCUUUCGGUGGGCCAUAGAUAAUGAUUAAUGGCAUGCUCGAGUUGAUAGUAUUAAGCCUGUGUUUGAAGAAGCAAUGAUUGAUUUAGGGAAGGAAGCCAUUGACAAAGAGGUUGUGGAAAAGGUUUGGAAUAGAAUAGCUCCUGGUUUGGCGUCUGAGUUUGACUCACCUUAUACGGUGCCAGUCAUUGCACUACGCCCUUUGUUGAUUAUAAAUGGUCAAGACGAUCCCCGUUGCCCAAUCGAACGUAUUGAUGUUACCAUAUUUUAAACAUAAAAAGCUUUCGAAUAUGCCCAAUGUUUGAAUCAUUUCAAGGUGAUAAUCGAACCAGGAAUUGGACAUGAUGUGACUCCAUCAAUGCUUAAAGAUGCAAGUGAUUGGCUUGACAAGUUUCUCAAACCAUAGAAACUUCUCAUGCAUAGCUAUGUAUCUUAUGCUCGACUAAAUAUUGUUGUCUAUUGAAAAAGUAUAUCUAUAUCACGUAAAUAAAGAUUUGGCAUCAUUAUUUGUAUUAAACACAUGAAAAGGACUUCCAAUAAACGAAACUUAUUCCAAAUUCAGUUACUCCUUUUCAAUAUUUUUUAUUUUGAAUGUGAUGGUAAAAUUUAAAUACGUGUCUCAAGAUUUGUGUUGUCUAUUUGAAAGAUAUAGUUGUUGGUUAUUC